AGAAUACCGACCCAGACACACGCGGGUUUUCAUGUGUCCUGGCUUCGCCUCCGCGCACAAAAUCAAAACAUUCCAUUAGUGAACAUGUUGAUGGAGUGUCGGUCUAUUAUUGUAAGCAAGGCCGUUAUCGCGUGAAAGCAUUUUCGAUUUCUAAACGUUGCUUGCCCUCCCACGAUAAAGUGUUUAGUCGCUUAACAUUUACCAGAAAACGCCCUUAAGAUUGGUGAAUAUCAUCUUUGAAAGAACGAAAAGUAACACACUUAAGUGUAGUUGUGAACAAUAAUUGUGGUAAUGGAUAGGCUUACGCCCGCUCAGCAAGCGGUGCUUGAGCGGAUCGAGAGAAAAAAAGAAUUAGAAGCCAAAAAACUCUUGAAGAGAAAAGGAAAGAAGGCGCCUACCACUGCGACCUCAGUUAAGCCCGAUGAGAAGCCAAGUCAGCAGGGUCAGGGGGACGCAGAAAUUGUAACGAGCGCUGUUGAAUCGAAGAAAUCGGCACAAAUCGAAGAAGACCAAAAAUUAAAGGUUUAUAGCCUGUCUGACGACACUGAGGAAGCUAAUGAUGACCGGAAGAAAAGGAACGUAUCUUCUGCAACAGGCGACGUGAGUGAUUUGAAAACCCCACAAUCUCGAAGUCGAAGAACGGAUGUGCUUUCCGGAAAAAGUGAAGCAACCGAAGCACCCUUAAUUUCUGGAGAAGCUGCUGUGGCGACAAAAGGAAACCGGGGACGAAAAACGAUGUCGGCUCUGGAAAACCCAAUUUCUGAAGAGUCGGCCAUGACACCAGCUCAGCUGGAAGUGCUGGAGAAAUUGAAAAAAAAGCAAAGCGAUAAUCCGAAGGGAAAGAAAUCUGUGAAGUCUGCGACCGUCACCGAACCCGAAAUGGAAACUGAUUCUGAUACAUCGUUGAGUCUGACUGUUGUAGAACCCGUCGUCAAGAGCCGACGAAAGACUACUCAAGCCGACGUAUCCAUUCAGGAACAUCCAAUGACAUCAACAAUGAUCGAGACUUCCGUAAGAGGUCGUCGAAAGACCCUCAACGCCGACUUAAGCAUUGUUGUUCCUCUCAGCACUAAAAGCGAACCUGAAAAAGCGAGCAAGAAAAAAACAUUGCCGAAAAUUAUUGAUCUUGAUGAAUCCGAUGGUGACCUCGAACCUGAUGAACCAAUGAACAUGACUCAGUUAGCUGUUAUGGAGCUCAUUAAAAAGAAAAAAGAAGCCGAAGAAGCAAAAUCUUCCAAGGGCCGUAAAAGUCGUGCUACAGAUGUGUCGAAUAUGGAGGAGCCUUUAGAGGAGUCGGCGCCUGGGGAGAAUAACAAACAAGUUGAGGAUAUCUCCAAAAAAGCUGCAAAAGCGCAGCGCCAGUCGUUAACUCCCAAUCAAAUUGCUGUCAUGAAGAGACUCCAACGCAAGCACGAUCAGACCAUUAAAAUCGCUUCGUCUGACGACAACUGUGAGUCGGACGCCUCAUCUUGUAGUGCUCCAAGAUUUACAGACACCGCGGUGGCAAGUACUGAGCAGGACGUCGAAUUCCAGAGAACGAAGGAAUUCCUAGACAUCUUGAAAGAGGGCAGCAGACGUGCAAGUUAUCGGCUCGUAUUAAAGGAACUUGUCUUAGCUGGAGUUACAGAAGCAGUUCAGAAGCUAAAGCCACUGUCCGAUGUCCAGAAGGACCUUGUAGCAACGUGCCGACAACAGAUUUUGGGUGAUGAGUGCCUGCAGUCUAGCGGGUCAUCGGACGUGGUCCAGAAAAAGUUCGCUAGAAAGAGGCGUGUCGAUGAAGAUCAGCCCUCAAACGCGAAGGUGAAAAGGAAGCUCGGCGAUUCUAGUAAAAGUAAGACCAGUUCCAGGGGCAUCGAAGAGGACGAUGAGGUAGACACCGAUGCGACAGAAGAUAUUGUGACCCAAAAAAAGCGACCAAAGAAGGUGCCGAAACCGCAGUCUCCGGAAAUCACAUCCGAUGACAACGAUCAUAUGGAGUGCGAUAUGUUGUCGCGGAAGAAAGAGACCAAGACGACAUUUAUUAUUUUUGACACGAAUGCAUUCCUCCAUAUCUACCCGUAUUGCAAAGCUGUCCUCGAAUGUGACAAAGUUGAGGCCGAUGAAGAUUUCGAAAGUAUCACGAUGUUUGCGAUAUUCGUCGUAGUCCGUGAGCUGGAUGGCCUUUCAAAAAAAAAUAGCUUCAUUCGUCAGACAGCAGUGAAUGCUAUCCGGCUCAUUCACGGUGCACUUCAGGACAACAAUCCACGUAUUGAGGGCCAAGAUUUCUCUGCUUCGCAAAAGCGCCUUGACGGAAGCACGUUAAAUGAUGACUACAUUCUUAAGAGUGCGGAAAUCGUCAGUAAGCGAGGCGAUUCCGUGGUAGUGGUAACCGAUGAUACAAACCUUCACGUGAAAGUUGCUAUGAUGAGAUUACAAGCCCUAAGUCUUAUCGAUUUCAUUGCUCGCUUUCAUUGGCUGACGCCAAUCGUAACUGCGAAUCUCGUAACUGAUAUGAAAUUAAUUGGCGAAGAAGCCAUUGCUUUAUUUGCUGAAACGGUGGUGACAUCGAUCGUGCUAAAGGCUGUCAUGGCCCAGCUAUCACCAAUGCCUAUGGAGGAACGUCGGGAAUUGUUUCCGUCGAAAAAGCUUGCAAUCACAUUGGCGUACACUCUCAAGUACAAGCGUCUUCUUGAGGAGAGAGGGGAGCCUUUUGCAUCUCUGAACUACGACAGGGUGGCGACAACGUUAAAUGCGCUUCAGAAGUAUCGUGAAGUCGAUUCGAAGAAUCCCGAUCGGAUGAAGCACUAUGCUCGCUUCCUUAGUAGCGCAGUUACACUUUUGCGAAAUAUAGCCGCCUUCUUUCCCAAUAUGCAGACCCGCGUAGAUCUUGUAGCAAGUUUGAGCAAUGCAUAUCAGCAUCACUUGCCCACAAACGAACGUGUACAACAUCAGGCCCCAGAACCUCAGCAACGGCGUUCUCGACUAGAUCCCGCUACUCUAUCAAAGCCGUACCUACAAAGGACGAUCCCACCCGUCCGAAAAACUCUUCUUCCCACGCCACCUAGCGUAAACGUAAUGGAGCCUCCUGUAGCUCUCGAGUCAAUCGCCGUCAGUGGAACCCAGAUGAAUGCGACCACGGUAGCUAUGCCAGUCCACAAGUCGAGACAAAUACGGCAGAAUCAAGGAAAUAAAAAUGAAGAAUUCGAUGUCGGUAACAGGCCAGACGAACCUGUAUACUUUUCGUUUUCCGAAGGGCAAAGAACGGCUGAGCCGUCGCAGGCGCCUGCCCAGCCGUUACAUGCAGCGUUAGCUAGCCCGGCCCGCUAUUCAUUCACUGCUUCAUCACCACCUGCAAGACAACAACAUGUUCCUUCAACCCAUGUGGCGCCUUCAACUGGCCCGAUUACCCCGUUAGGCAGAACAGGAGCAACAAGCGGUCGUCAAGCUAGUCCUUAUGCCGCUUGUCAAGAACUUAUAUCGACCGACGUUAUAAAGACGGUAUAUAAUUAUUUUCAGCAAUUCGGCACCUCCGUAUGCAAUUACACAGGUAGCUGUUGUGUAAAGAUGGGUGUACGCUUUACCUUGGCAUUCACUGCGUCCGGCGCACAGCUUGAGGCAUCAUUACAUGAAGUGACGGAAUCGUUUGGUCGAGUACUCCAAGCGAUGAAGAAGCUAAUCACAGAUGCUACAGUGGAAAAUGCUCGGUUAUUUCUGCAAUAUUCGGCCGAGGUGAUGAGACUCAUUUGUAAAGCUGAUCCUAACCUGGUCACGCCUCUACCGGACAUUUCGCCUAACGGCCUCUUACAAUUUGUCACGGAUUCGGGUGCUUCGCACUGCAAUAUUGCAAUUAUCACUCAACCAUUGUCCUUCUCAGCGAGAAAAGUAAGGAAGAGAACUAUCAGCUACUUUGAAAAAACGAGCCAGAGAGGAGUAGAACUAUCGUUGUUUUUUAAAUUACGUUAGUGCGUCUUUCGAGGUUGAUUGAACGUGAUAAAUCGUAUGAUUUUCGCGAGGAAACUGACAUACAUGUGUACAUUUUUGAAAAGGACCAGCCGUCAAAACUUUACUAUAAUGCCUAACUCGAUUAGAAAGUAGACAGUAGCACAUCGUCGAAGCACCGACGGAAUUAUCGAUGGUUAAGCCUAAAGAGAAAAUGUAUUUCGACUUAUGCCAAAGGGCAUAUUAAUGUCAAAGUCAAAUGAUGUUAACAAUUUAUUACGAUUUUCCGAUGUUUUCAUUUUCUCUGGUUAUUAAGCAAAUAAAAUGAUAAUUGGUAGUACUGCUGUAUUUGAUCUGAUUUUUAAAUAAACCACUAGCCACUAAUUAAUAUACGGUCUUUGAAAAAUAAAUGACUAAUAAAUAAGUUCUAAAAGAAAAAAAUGUUCCUGAGCUUUUAGGAGUAGUCAGAACAGAGGCUAAUGCAUUUUAAUUAGACCGAUUUUAGUUUUCAGUAAAAUGAUCGACGUUUCUUUGAACAACAGCCCCUCGCAUUGAACAGUCUACGAGAAUACAUGUUGGACUCCAGCGUUGCACAACGAUAAACGUAACUCGCUUAUCAACCUCCAUAUUUUAAGUUUUACAUCCGGUAUCGCCGUUAGGCUUUCCACCACACAUCUGCGUCCAGUACGAAACGAACCAUAGAUCUAUACUCAAAUUCGAAUCUAUAUAACAACGUGUCCCUAAAAUUAGCGUGCAAAUACGCCAUUCACUACGCUAUCAUAAGGACUCUCAAGCCUAUUCCUGCUAAGUGUUGAUUUUAGCUCCAUGAGAAACAAAAAAAAUUG